GGUUCCGGUCCCGCCCCUCGCUUCCGGUCUCCUUAGGUUCCGCUGCGGCCGGCUUUUUCGUCCGCUGUAGCUGGUUCCGCCGCGCUCCAGGUGUUUUGUUCCGACAGAAAGUCCUGCUUCAUAUGCGUGAAGAAUGGCACUCCCCAUCAUAGUGAAAUGGGGUGGGCAGGAAUACUCAGUGACCACGCUCUCAGAAGAUGAUACUGUGCUGGAUCUUAAGCAGUUUCUCAAGACCCUUACGGGAGUGCUCCCAGAGCGCCAGAAACUACUAGGGCUCAAAGUCAAAGGCAAACCUGCAGAAAAUGAUGUUAAGCUUGGAGCUCUCAAACUGAAACCAAAUACUAAAAUCAUGAUGAUGGGAACUCGUGAGGAGAGCUUGGAAGAUGUCUUAUGUCCUCCUCCUGACAAUGAUGAUGUCAUCAAUGAUUUUGACAUUGAAGAUGAAGUAGUUGAAGUAGAAAAUAGGGAGGAAAACCUCCUGAAGGUCUCUCGCAGAGUCAAGGAGUACAAGGUGGAGGUGCUGAACCCGCCCCGGGAGGGCAAGAAGCUCCUGGUGCUGGAUGUUGACUAUACACUAUUUGAUCAUAGGUCUUGUGCAGAGACUGGGGUAGAGUUAAUGAGACCAUAUCUUCAUGAAUUUCUAACAUCUGCAUAUGAAGAUUAUGACAUUGUUAUUUGGUCUGCAACAAAUAUGAAGUGGAUUGAAGCUAAAAUGAAAGAGCUGGGUGUGAGCACAAAUGCCAACUAUAAGAUUACCUUCAUGCUGGACAGUGCGGCCAUGAUCACUGUGCACACGCCCCGGAGAGGGCUCAUUGACGUGAAGCCUCUUGGUGUCAUUUGGGGAAAGUUUUCUGAAUUCUACAGCAAAAAGAACACCAUUAUGUUCGAUGACAUAGGAAGAAAUUUUCUAAUGAAUCCACAAAAUGGACUGAAGAUAAGGCCUUUUAUGAAAGCUCAUCUGAACCGUGAUAAAGACAAGGAGCUGGUGAAGCUCACUCAGUACCUCAAGGAGAUAGCCAAGCUUGAUGACUUCCUGGAGCUGAAUCACAAGUACUGGGAGAGGUAUCUAUCAAAGAAGCAAGGACAGUAGAUAGCAGUUACACUCAGAGUUGAAGAUCCUGAGGUCUGUGGACCUCUGUUUCUUUGCUAGGGGUUACCACGGCUGUGCUGGACACUGAAGCAGAUGCCAGCCUGCCUAGCUGUGGUCUUCCAAUGCUUUGUAAACAAAGUGCUAAACAAACAAACAAACAAACAAACAAAAAGUUCUUUUCCCUCUAUGUUAAUUUACUCUUGAAGAAUUGUUCUCUGGCAUUAAUUAUUGAGGUGUUUCCCAAACCCUCUAAAAAUGGAAAAAGGAAAGGAAAAUGAAAAAAGGAGAAAAAUAUAUCUACAAUUGUCAUCUUGCAACUUUGGAAAUGAGUUUUGUCUUAUGCUUUUCUGCUUUUGUCUCCUUGUAUAAUCAGCUGCCUGAGUCUGAGACCAAAUCUGUCUUUAAACUAGCUAGUGCUUUCCCCCUUAAAACCAAAAGCAGCACCAAAAACCCCAGAUGAGCUUCUCAGUAAAGACCUGGUUUGUUAUGCUGAAAACUCGCAAGAGUUGUCCUUCCCUGUCAGAGUUUCUCUCCUGCAGUCUACCCGGAAGAUCCUGAAGCUGGAGGUGUGCCAGUGCUCCUUAAGAAUGAAGGACAUCUGCAUGAUAAGGCUGUGCCCUACACGACAGGGACAGGACAAGCAGACUGAAAUAACACUGCAGGACAAGGGCGAGUAGAAGCACUUCUGCCUAAAACUAGUUAUGAGCACAGUUUACCACGGUAGUAAAAAGGCACCAUCACCAACUCGACUCUCAGAAGCAUGGAUAGCAUCUCUGCCUACUCCAGUUAGGUGUCAUUGUAACUGCUAACACCGUUGCAGCAAACAUCUAGCCAUAAGAUUAAAAAUACCUGUUACUUGCAAUGCUUAAGCCUGCAACUAUGUAUGUGACUGUUGUUUUAUGUUGACAGUAUUGCUUUAUACAGUUCUUGUAUUGGAAGGAAUUGCUCCUUUUAAAUGAACAGAUGUACAUUGUUCUUAUGGGACUAUUUCAGUGGUGUAAAUAAUAAAUAUCUUUUUUUAAAACA